CAUUACCCUUCAUGCACCGCGGCCACUGAACAGCUGAAUGUUGGCCGCGCAGCCCUGCAGCUGCAGACUCAUAAACUGUUGAUGGACAGUGUUUUAUAAUCGUUCAAAACUGGACUUGUUUGUUUUUGCAGCAGCAUGUCUGAAUAUCCGACCUUCCUGUUUGGCAAGUCUCGUUUCGAUCAGAACACAUUUUUUGGUCGGUUCAGACACUUCCUGGAUGUGAUUGACCCCAGCACCCUCUUCGUGACAGAGAAACGACUCCAGGAGUGUGUGGAGCUGCUUGACCGUUUCAAGCAAGGAACUCUGCCUCCAGGUGUGACAGAUGCUCAGCUAUGGCAGGCUCAGAAAAUAAAGCAGGCCAUCAUCCACCCCGACACAGGGGAGAAGAUCUUCAUGCCCUUUCGAAUGUCAGGUUUUAUUCCAUUUGGCACACCUGUGGUUGUUGGCCUCCUUCUGCCAAAUCAAACCUUGAUGUCAACCAUCUUCUGGCAGUGGUUAAACCAGAGUCACAACGCUUGUGUUAACUACAGCAACCGCAACGCCUCCAAGCCGGCUCCAGUUUCCAAAUUCGUCCAGGGAUACCUCGGAGCGGUGACCAGCGCAGUCUCGAUUGCUGUGGGGCUGAAUGUUUUAAUCCAGAGAGCCAGCCGCUUCAGCCCAACCACCAGGCUUUUGGUGCAGAGAUUCAUCCCCUUCCCAGCAGUGGCGAGCGCAAACGUCUGCAACGUGGUGCUCAUGAGACACUCCGAGCUGUCGGAGGGCAUCAGCGUGCUCGACGACAACGGGAACGUGGUGGGAACAUCGAAAGUGGCGGCCAGGCAUGCGCUUCUCGAGACGGCGCUGACCAGAGUGGUCCUGCCCAUGCCGAUCCUGGUGCUGCCUCCCAUGAUUAUGGCUGCACUGGAAAAACUUCCUCUCCUGCAGAGACAGCGCAGGCUUGUCCUGCCCGUCCACAGCCUGGUGUGCCUCGCUGCCUUCGGCCUGGCGCUGCCUCUCGCCAUCAGCCUCUUUCCACAGAUGUCAGAGAUCAGCGUGAGUCAGCUAGAGCCGGAGAUCGCCAUGGCAACACAUUGUAAGAUUGUGACAUACAAUAAAGGGCUUUAAAUGAUCUCUACUACCCGACACAUGAAGAUAUAACCUGCUGCUCAUCAUGGUUCAAGCCCUCUGAAGCUGCCAGAGGAAAUGGAUUAUGGUAAAUCUGGCUAACACAAUGAUGUCAUGUCGUAAUAUAAGAAAAUAUACAUCAUCUCAGAGGGUAUUAUCACUGUUAUACUGUCACAUGGACAGUUAAAGACAUAAUACAGGAAACAAGAACAAGACUGUGUUUUGGAGGUUUUCACUUGUCCGCUUGGUUGUGAAAAAUCAAGACCCAAGUCAGCACAAACCCAGUCUAACUGGGUCAGGGAGGGUCUGGUUUUACUGGCACGGGUCUCAAGUCUGUGUGUCAAUAUUUCCAUCACUUGAGUGGAUCUGAAUGGAUCUGAGCGUACUCAUUAUCAGCUCUUAUCACGUGGUACGUCAUAAUCACUGCGGGAGAAAAUAUUUUAGGAAAUCAGUAACCAAUGUAAAAAAAAAUGGUGCUUCUCAAUGACAGUUACUUUUUGGAGUUUGAUUCACUGAUAUUAAAUUGGUUAGAAAAUCUUCAGUCUGUCGCCCAGUUGGCCUCAGAAUUGUUUAUUGUUGGUGGACAAGGUGAAAAUAGAACUUUCAAUUAUUUCUCAAUUAAUCUUAUCAAACUAUUUUCUAUGACUUUACAUUCGACUGCAGUGUUCUCUCUCAAUUUGGUCUGUUUGUGUCGAACACAUGUCGAAUCGAGUCUAAUUAUCCUAGAGUCUAUUCAGAUUGCAUCUUACUUUCUCUCUAUUUUUUGUAAAUAAAUUCAUGCACUGUGAGUUCAAGCAGGUUUUCCAUUGGUCCAUUUCGGAUUGGGUCCAACAUUUGAGACCUGUGAAGAUCUGUACUGUGUUUUUAGGUCUAAAUGAUUGUAGUUGUGGUCUGGACUGCAUGCAUAAAUAAUGUGAAUGAAAUCAGAAUAAAUGACUGAAAUGUAUUUUUGUGAAUGUUGAGUUCAUAAACCGGAAAAUGUUGUUUUCCUGUUUAUAAUU